AUGGGCAUUCAGAAUGUGGUUGAUAUUGCUCUGCACUUUAACCCUUACUGUAUCAGUCGUGGGAACGUCCUGCACAGCUCCUACAUGCACAGCAUUUGGAGUGAUGAGGAAACCAAAUCCCAAACAGGGAACCCUUCUCUGAGUUUACGUCUGAUGUUUUCAUAUACCAACAUAAUCUGUAUAGAUGGAAUGUCGGAAAUGAGUUUAAUUGCUGUCCAAUCUUGUGUGAUUCUGCUUAUUAAAAGCAGGAAUACUAGCUUAUUAAGGGUUUCCUAUUUCUGCAAAUAUUUGUUUCUUCGUUUCACUGUGUCUGAUCUGAGGAUUGUUUUGCUGGGUAAAACUGGAUCAGGAAAGAGUUCAGCAGGAAACACCAUCCUAGGCAGAAAUAUGUUUGACGUGAGCUACAUUCCUGUGUCUACAACCAAACACUGUGAGAAACAUGAGGGAAACGUGGAGGAUAGACAGAUCUCAGUGAUUGACACACCUGGACUGUUUCACACAUCCAUGAGUGAAGAAGAUCUGAAGGCUGAGAUUAAGAAGAGUGUGCAGAUGUCUGCUCCUGGUCCUCAUGUGUUUCUGCUGGUCAUCAGACUGGGGAGAUUCACAGAGGAAGAACAAAACACAGUCAAAUGGAUUGAGAAGAUCUUUGGAGACAAUGUUAAGAGAUUCACCAUGCUGUUGUUCACUGGAGCUGAUCAAUUAAACAAACCAAUAGAAGAAUUUGUACAGGAGAACCCAGAUCUGAAGAAGUUAGUGGAUAAAUAUGGGAGAGGGUGUCAUGCCUUCAAUAAUGUGGAGCAGAAGAAUCGAGAUCAAGUCAAUAAACUGAUGAAGAAAAUCAGUGCAAUUGUGGAAGAAAAUAGAAGAGAGUGCUACACCAGUGAGAGUAACACAGGAAUGUGGUUUAUACUUGCUGCUGCUGUACCAUGUUGUGCGUAUUGUGUGUGUGUAUUAUAUGAAACAACAUUUUUGGAUGAUUUAUUUCAAAAGAUUUGUAUGAUUUAUUUCAAAAGAUCAUUUAUUUUAUAUAUGCCAGAAGACACAAUGAAGAGAAAGUCCACAGACAUCUCUUCUUAUUUUAAGAAGAAAAGUACAGAAGGAGGAGUAAAAGAGAUGGCAGGGGAGCAACAGAGGCUUAGUAAUAGUGAGGAGGAGGAGGAGAAGGAUAGAGGAGAGGAACAGACAGAGCAGCAAGACAAGGAUACACAGCCAGCAUUAGUGACAGAACACAAUGACAAGGAAAAACAGACAGCAGCAGCCCAUGGUCAGGGACAGUCAGCACCACUGGUCACAGAAGUGUGGCAGGACACGGCAAAAGCAGGUGUUAGACGUGUUCCUGGACCAACAGAUAUCUCCCAGUCAAGAGCAGAGCAGCCCAAGCAGCCACAUCUGAAAAUCUUCCCUCGUACCUAUCAAGGGGACAGAAGACGAUGCUUCUCUAAAGACUGGUACAACACACAUAAAUGGCUAGAAUACUCUCAGAGUAAAGACUCUGCCUACUGUUAUGCCUGCCGGCACUUCAGUCUCCCCUCCUCGGGUGAUUCAGGUGAGUUUAUUGUAAUCCUUUUUCUCACAGUGUCUGAUCUGAGGAUUGUUCUGCUGGGUAAAACUAGAUCAGGAAAGAGUUCAACAGGAAACACUAUACUGGGCAGAGAUGUGUUCAGAGUGAGUAACAAUGCUGGGCCUACAACUAGACAGUGCUUACAUGAAGGAACAACAAAUGGCGCAAACGUCAUCUCAGUGAUCGACACACCUGGACUGUUUCACACAUCCCUGACUGAAAAACAUCUAAAGGCUGAGAUUGAGAGGAGUGUGGAGAUGUCUGCUCCUGGUCCUCAUGUGUUUCUGCUGGUCAUCAGACUAAACAGCUUCACAGAGGAAGAUAAAAACACAGUGAAAUGGAUUCAGGAGAACUUUGGAGAAGAUGUUAAGAGAUUCACUAUGCUGUUGUUCACUGGAGCUGAUCAAUUAAAUAGACCAUUAGAAGAAUUUCUGCAGGAAAACCAAGAGCUGCAGAAGUUAGGGGAUGAAUAUGAAGGAAGAUACCAUACUUUCAAUAAUAUGGAGAAUAAUAAUCAAGCUCAAGUCACCGAACUAGUGGAGAAGAUCAACAACACAGUUGAGAGAAAUAAUGAAGGAUACUACACCAUUGGGAUGUUCAAGAAGACUAAGAGAAAGACACUCAUGAUAAAAUUUUUAAAGAUAAUUGCCGUUUUAACAUUAUCAUGUGUAUUGUAUCGAAUAGGAAGAUUCUGGCAGCCAGUGACAUGCAUCUGUAAGUAAUACUGUCAUCAUUUGUUUUUGAGAAAGCAGCCUACUGCAGUAUACUGUGAAUUAUCAUUGUGCAGAGUCUGCACUCAGAGACUGUGUCCCAAAUCACACACUACACCAGGGUUUCACAGAACUCAGUCUCAGGUAGGCCAGUGACACGCAGAGUUUAGCUCCAGCUUGCCUCAACACACCUGCCUGGAAGUUUCAAGUAUACCUAGUAAGACCCUGAUUAGCUGGUUCAGGUUUGUUUCAUCAGGGCUGGACCUAAAACACCUGCUGUUAACAACCAGAUUCAAUGAUGGAAAGAGAAACAAAAAGAACUACAAAUGACUUCCAGCCACAUAAUGUCAUAUCACAUAAAAUAUUGCUAGGAUUACAAAUGCAUUGUCUAAAAUGUAUUUAUAAGUACAUGCAGUACAUGGGAUGUGUAGUUUUAUGGUGUUGAUUAUAGUAGCCUGUGAUGCUGACUUAAGUCAAAACAUUUUCAAUAAAACAUCAACAUCUGAAUCGCUGUAAUUCUCAGUAAGAACUUUUAGAGACAUCUGACAGAAAUGACGUCAAUCUGGUUAGUAAUGCAUGAAGCUGGUGAUGCUGUUUGUGGAGUUGUUUAAUCAAGAGAUUUAAUGUCGUCUAUGGCUGUGGCUGAAGUCUGUUGUAGUUUUUGUGUUUCUCUUGUUUCUGUUUUUGUUGUUUCUCUUUCCUUCAGUAAUUCUGCUUGUUAACAGCAGGAGUUUAUCACUAAUGAUGUGUAGAUUUUUUUUUAAUAGACUUCUUUUUCUAUAUUUUUACUAUUCAUCCUUACUCUCAUGUCAAAUGUCUCUAAGCACUUGCUGGGAGUUAUGGAGGGUUAGGUUUGUGUGAGCAAUGUGUAAGCAAUAUUUUCUGUAUAGUGUCAAAUACUUUUAUAACCAGUGGUUUAUAAUGUUACAGUUUGCAUAUUGAAUCUUCAGCGAUGUUUUUAUAACAAUAUCCCAUGACUAGUUUGUGUAACAGCAUUAUUUGUGUGGUUUGGUCAUGAUGUUUAUAUAAAGUUAAACCUUGAAUUCUGAAUUCUGCUCUUUUAUGUGGUAGGACUAUGAGGAACAAUUCAUUGUCAUUUGAAAGCCAAUAUAGUCUAUAUAAACUUGUAUGCAAAAUAUGGUUAUUCAAAUGCAAAGAUGUUUUGCUUGUCUGCAUAUUAAUCUGAGACCAGUGAGACUGCCCAGGCUAUAAAAUAUUAUAAUAAUAAAAUAUUCUAUAAAAUAUGUCUACAGACACAGUUUGUUAGAUGAGCCAAUUAAUAGUUGUGAGAAAGGAAAGAUAUGUUACAUGUUACUAUAAUUUACUUGUUUUAUCUGCCCUUUCUUAGUGUAUUUUUACUGGAUCUAAUCAACACACAUUUUCAAAGCAAACAAACAAUCAAAAAUAAAAGAAUCACAACCUAGCAUAAUUGCCCCUGACCGCUAGGGGACAGUGUUAAGCUGGAAACUUUCUGGAACCAGUCAUGAUCUGGAGCAUUUCACCAUUAUAAACAGAGAGGAGAAUGUUGUUAUUUAAUUUUUUGCAGGUCAGUUUACUGUUGAUGUAUACACUGUUACGUGCUGUAUAAGUACUUCACUAAAAUACUGGACAAUUUGGCAUAGCUUAAAACUGACGUUUAAUUAGAAGAAAGAGUACAGAACUUGCAUGAAGAGCACAAGAUCUUUCUUUUUCUGUUCUGGGCUGCAAUUCUCAAAAUCAGUGUAAUUUUAGAUCUCAGUUUAGUUUCAGUGUUUAACUAUUAAGCUAUACACACAUGAGCUCAGAUUUUAAGUUCAGCUCUUGCUGUGCUGUCAAACAUCAGUUUCGCUAAGCUCGUUUCAGGAUUGUGGAUGGUUAGAUCUGCAGUACUGUGGGAAUAAGAUCUACUGUGUAGUUAGCACUGUUUUCAUGAGAUGAUUCUGGACAGUGAUUUCAUGUGAUUUAAGCUUUCUGGCCUUUUUUUCCCCAG